AUGGCUUCCACCACGCAUCCCGUCACCCAAGAGCUCCUCGCCCGAGCGCACUCUCCCGACUCAGCGAACCGCAUCUUCACCGAGAAGAUCCAGCACCGACCCAUCCUCAUCCGUCCUUCCUCCCCGCAACCGCACGCCAACGCCCGCGAAGCCCGACGCAUCGCCCGCCGGCAGAAGGAGAAGCAGCGCACCAGGGCGCUGAAGCCGAAGCCGCUCUCCGCGCGCCAGCGCAAGCGGCUCGCCCUCUACGAGCUCCCGCGCGACCAGCAGCGGUACGCCCUGUUCGAGCCGCUGCACCGGCUGUGGCUGGGCUACGUCCGCGAGCUGCUGGGCCGCGACAUGUUCGGCGCGGCGACGAGCCCCGGGGCCGACGCCUCGGCGGCGGCGAAGCUGAGCAGCGCGGACCUGCACGGCGCCGAGGUCGAGGUCGUGCGCAGCGGGUGCGUGAGCCGGGUCGGGAUCAGGGGCAUCGUCGUCAAGGACGCCAAGUUUGUGUUUGAGAUCGUCACGAGGCGGGACCAGCUCAAUGUCGUGCCCAAGGAAGGGACGAUAUUCCGGGUCGAGGUGCCGCCCGAGCAUGCGGAGGGCGAGAAGGACCAGGUGGAGAACCUGGUGGUUGAGAUCCUGGGUGAUCAGUUCUUGACGAGGUCGGCCGACCGGGCGAACAAGAAGUUCAAGAGGCAUUUCUUGAAGGAUAUCUGA